UCCUGUGACGGAUGGUCGAUUUACUGCGACUACAAAGGCUUUGAUAAGAUGCCGCCCUUGAAACCAGCAUCAGGCUACACUCAACGGGAUCUUUAUGUUGAGGGUAACAGCAUAACAGUUAUCAAUGACUGGGAAUUGGCCCACAAUUUACAAGAUAUAACUUUCGGAGAAAAUUCCCUGACCACAGUCGCAGAUCAUGCCUUCAUUUAUUCUGCCAAGAGUCUUCAGAGACUCACAUUCUGGUCUACUAAUCUGACCUCCCUACCGUGGGCCUUGAUGGACCUCAGUUCUCUCCAGUACUUGCGUUUGGACAAUAGUCCAGUUCUCACAUGGAACACAACCAUUUUGGCGAGCAUUGGAGCAUCGUUGAAAACCCUACAUCUGUCAGUAUUGACGAUGCCAAUCUUUCCACCAGACUGGCUCAAGUUACUGCCAAAGUUGGAGACCCUUGAGAUAUACGGGGUUGCUUUUGGUCAGCUGAGUAGUAAGCCACUGGACCCAUCGGCAGCCAGUCACGUUAGAAGACUUGUGUUCACAGACUCCAACCUAACGAAAAUCCCACUGGAAGUGGUGGGGCUUUUCCCGGAUUUGACCAGCCUCAAUUUGAAGUCAAAUUCAAUAAGCGAUCUCAACAACCUGAAAGAUUUUAAAAUCCCUCUUAAUUUGCCACACUUAUUCCUGGACGACAAUCACAUCGACAAUAUCGGCCCUCUGUUUUAUUUAACUGGUAUUGAGAGUCUAGGGAUAUCGGGUAACAGAAUCUGUGACCACGAGCAUAUACCUUACGCCUUAAUACCCCACGAAAACUCUUUGAGAUACCUAAAUCUCAACUCCAACUGCCUUACUCAAAUACCUGACCUGUUAUUUAUGUCCGAAUUAUCACAUUUAAAACUGAACUACAACAAUAUUUCAACCCCAUCUUUGGGUUUGCUCCCUAUGUCAAUGACAAACCUUGAACUAAACGGAAACGUAAUGUCAACUAUUCCAGAAUCUAUAUCAAGAUUACCGAAUUUGUACACUCUAUAUCUGAUGUAUAAUAAAAUAAAAUCUAUGGCAGACUUUGAGUUUCCGUCCUCGCGGGCGAAACUAUACAUCUCAAACAACGACAUAGAAAUAAUUCCCUCACUGCAAUUUUCAAACAAUAUUUCUAAAUUGACGCACAUUGAUUUAUCAGUAAACCCAAUCAAAAAAAUUGCAGACGACGCCUUCAGCAACCUCCAUGAGUUGAGCUAUUUAUUCUUAAAACACACACACCUAGUUCGUUUACCCUCGGCUCUGUUGGCUCUAAACAAACUAAACUAUCUAUCCCUGCCCUACACUCUCACGUGUUCCUGCGAUGACAUGGCGUUCACGACAUGGUACCAGAAUGUAACACAAAUAUCCGGAGAGUGUAACGGCACUGAUCUCAGUCUUAUGUUACAACAGCUCCCAAACCAAUGCCCCGUGACUUAAAUUGUCACCAGCUCUGUUUGUCACUUAAACUGUCUGUUUUUCUGUCUGUUUUUCUGUC